CGCACCUGGGAGCGGUGCCGUGUGCGAGGUGGGGUGAGGGCCGCCGAGCAGCGCUCCCAGCCAGGCCGCCCAGCGCCGAGGAGCGCCCUGGAUGUUGUAGUUUGCUGCCGCGCUGGCAGCGGCCCGACCGGCCGGGGCUGGGAGCGAGCCGUUUCCCGACGAGGUUCUGAGGGGUGGCGGGCAGCGGCCUAUGACGGGGACCGAGGCUGGGCCGCUCCCCGCUGCAGCGCCUGCUCUGCUACUGGGGGAGCUGUGUCCUCGCUGCGGUACCGGCUUCGUCAGGCGCCUCCGGUACCUCAGUAGCCCGGGCUCGGUCAUCUCCGGGCCUUACCGGCGAAGCUGCCCGCAACUGGAGGGGGCUGCCCGGGGCCUGCCUCAGCCAGGCCGCUGCCCUGCCUCCUCGGUGGCGAGAGGGUUGAGGGAAGGGGCUGAGGCGGAGGUUCCCGUGCGGUGUGCUGCAGAUCCCUCACGUCGCGUCAGGUGUUGUGUCCCCCGGGGGCAAGCGCUGUCCUAAGGACACAGCAGGACUGUCGCCCAUGGGCGCCAGGCUGUGGCACUAGGGACGGGUUGGGGCGUCCCUCGCCAGUACGCCCUUUGGAGUAAAGGCUUCAGCUCUCACAGGUGACUCCUCACUGCAGGCAGGACUCUCUCGCCGUGUGAGACAAUGGAGCGGGUGCUCCAUCGCACAUGUGCCAUCGCACAACAGCCGACAGGACGUGUGUGUAGGCCACGGUGUCAACCCAGAGGCUGGAUCCAUCUGGCAGAGCGGCAGAUAGGAGAGAGCUGUUCUGUGGGAAGGGGAAGGCACAGAUUUGCUGUGCUCGCAGCAGCUUGUACGAAAUUGUUUCAAGACACAGUGUCAAUAAGCAUGAAGUCACUGCUGAAGGGACUUCAGACAAAGAUCUUGGAUCUUUUUCAGAGGAGCAGUAAGAGCACUGUGUCCAGGUGGUGGGUUUGGUCUGUUUGACAGCUUCAGAAACUAAGAACUACACAGACAUCAGGAAAUCAGUACUUCGGUCUUGCUCAGGAUGCCUGAUCCAGGUAUUUUCUCCACUGUACUCAGCAAGUUGCCAGUUUCAAAAUCCCAUUCAGUCCUCUGAAGCAGAUUUCUGCUGCAUGCCUUGGAUAGAUGCUUCCAAUCAGCUUACAAGCUUUCCUUGACCUACGCUUCCUUUCCUAACUCUGAUCCGACUAUGGCUGUCCUCAAAGUAAAAUUCACCAAAACUAAGAGGGACAAAUUGGCUCAGAUCUUAUGGAUCCUCAACUGGGUUUCUGUAGUGAGUGGGAUCAUUCUCUUCAGUCUUGGCCUCUUUCUGAAAAUAGAGAUUAAGAAGCGCAAUGAAGUGAUGGCAAAAGGGGAUGUUAACUCUGUCCCCAACAUGCUGAUCUCUGUAGGGGUCAUAGCAUGUAUCAUCAACUUCCUGGGUGGUAAAAUCUGUUAUGACUGCUCAGAUAACAACAAGUUCUCUCGAUGGAAACUAGUUAUGCUCCCAUACAUCGUGUGCACCUUCUGUUUUACCUUCUGCAUCCUGGUGGGUGCUCUCAUGUGCUAUACCAUGAGGAACGAGCUGGAAGAGUCUCUCUAUCUGGGACUGAGGGAUGCUAUUAAGUUCUAUAAGGACACAGACAUACCUGGACGAUGUUUCUUAAAGAAAACAGUGGAUAUGUUACAAAUUGGUUUCCAAUGCUGUGGAAACAAUGGCUUCAGAGACUGGUUUGAAAUUCAGUGGGUAUCUCAUCGUUACCUGAAUAUGGCUUCCAAGGAAGUUCUGGACCGCCUGAAGAGCAAUGUUGAUGGGAGGUUCUUGGUGGAUGGAGUACCCUUCAGCUGCUGCAACCCAAGCUCCCCACGGCCCUGUAUCCAGUACCAGCUGACAAACAACAGUGCUCACUACAACUACGACUUCCUGACAGAGGAGCUCAAUAUCUGGGUGAGGGGGUGCAGAGAGGCCCUGCUGGAGUACUACACAGGCAUUAUGAGAUCCAUUGGUAUUACAGCAUUGCUUAUUUGGUUGUUUGAGCUCUCCGUCCUUAUUGGUGUCCGGUACCUACAAACAGCAAUGAAGAAUGUCCUCCUGCUAGGAGAUUUGGAGGGCGAGUCAGAUGGUUGGUUACUAGAAAACAGCUUUGUGGAAACUGCCAAGUACAACAUCAAUAUCAUCAAGAACCUCGGCAAAGCCAACCAGAUCUCCACUGUCUCAGGCAUGAAUGACCCCAACAUCAAUGUUCAAAACACAAACUGUGACAAAACCAAUGUUACAACAAAAUCUAUCCCAGCAGCUAGCUAGGCAUGUCUUCAGAGAAGCAACAUCACAAGCGUAGCUUUGACGUAUCUGACAUAUACUGUCACUGACCAGGAUGCCCUGUGACUGUAAUUCAUCACUCAUAGUACACAGGAAAAACAUACUAAUACAGAAUAGAGGAUAAGAGACCAAUGUUUUACUUGUUACUGUUGUGAAUAAUGGAUUGAAUAUCAUUUUGGACUCCCUGUGUAUAAUCAAAUAUGAAGAAGUUUUAUCACUGGGAUAUUCAAAGCAGAAUUACUCUUGCUUUUGAAAUUAUGCAAAAGUAACAGUAACAAGUCCUUUGCCUAAACAAUGUUGUUUUCUAUAACAAUAGAAUAAGCAAGAAUUAUGUUAGAAUAAAUAUAAAUAAUGUAAAUACAGUGUGUGAUGUAAAAACCUGUACUGGACUUCAAGCAAGCUGUGUGAUAUCAAUGUCAAGUGCAGUUGCUUCAAUGCUUAGAAGUUUAGGCCUAUACCUAAGUAUGUUAAAAAUAAAAAAGGGCAGAUGGGGUCUGUCUGCAGUAUUAGUCUGUAGAGGAUGUUUUGCAAAGGCAUGUAAAAGGCAAGACCAUUAGAAAAUUGCCUUUUCCCUGACAAAGCCUCCUAACCUCCAGGAAACAGAAAUCUGGGGCUUGGUAUGACAAAGAAAUUUGUAUCACUGUGUUUCA